AUGGUCGUUCUGGGAGUAGCCCAGUGCAUGGCCGGACAUGGCCUGUCGACGUUUGAAGUGUGCGAGCCCGAGUCUGGGUCGACAGUGCGCGGUCUCUCUCGAAGGCAUCACGACGGCCACCGGCGCAGACGAGGCAGCGAGGCCAAUACUGGUGCUGAUACAUGGAUACCCGCAGACGCAUUUCAUGUGAGUUGUCUAUUCAUAGCACAAGCAGCAUGGCAGCGCUGUUACAGAGUACAGGGUGAAAUGACAUGCAUGGGCACUGACGCACCACGACGUAGGUGGCGCCAUGUCAUCAAGCUGCUGCCCCGCGAGACCCGGCUCUUCGUCCCUGAUAUCCCAGGCUACGGGGUGAGUUCGCCGCCCAAGGCCAGCGACAAACGGACCGUAGGCAAGGCGAUACUGGGGGCCCUGGAGACGAUGCUGGGCCGCUCCAACUCUAAUGAUAACAAAGGCAAUGGCAGCGGCCAACCGCACCGCAUCGUGCUUGUGGGCCACAACAGAGGCGCCCGUAUCUGCCACCGGCUGACAGUCGACGCAGCCGAGCACUCCCCGACAUUUACUAUCCUGGCGACUACUCUGCUGGACAUUGUGCCGACGAGCGUGCAGUGGGCAGCACUCGCAGACCCGGCCGAGGCGCGCAACACGUUCCACUGGCCGUUCCUGGCCAACGCCGAGCUGGCAAGCACUAUGAUCCAGGCAGUUGGUGCAGAGGUGUUUGUGCGGCAGAUGAUGGAGCGCUGGCGCGGGAGCAGCGAGGCAGCCAUCUCGCGGUUCGAGGCCGACGAUGCGCUGGAGAUGUACUCGCGGCCCUUUCGGCAGAUGGAGAGCGUGGUACGCAGCUCGUGCGCGGACUACGAGGCUGGCAGCCAGGAAGACGUGCAGGCGCAGCAGCGCGACCAGGCGGCAGGGAGGCGGAUGGGGGUCCCCGUGCUGGUGCUGCACUGCUGGGCGAUGGGACGGCGGUUCGACGUGCGGCGGGCGUGGCAGGCGUGGGUUGAGGACGAGCAGCUGCUGACGGUCGUGCAGACAGAGGAAGGAAUCGGCCAUUUCGUGGCGGAGGAAGACCCGGAGGCCACGGUUGGCGCGAUGCAGCGCUGGCUGGCGGCCGCAGGACUAUCGGUGGCCUAG